GCUGGAGGCUGGAGAUUCACUUUUCUGAGGACAGUGAAAAAAGCGCUCUGGACCCUAACCGCGAGACGUGACAAGAGAGACCUUCGAGCGCAAGCAAUCGCAGGCAGUUUAACCGUGGUGGAUUGUUACAGCAGUAAAAUGCCUUUAGGAGAAGAUGGCAAUGACUGGAAAAAGAAAACUGCAGAUAUUAAAGAGAUUUACGAUUUCAAGGAUGUCCUGGGGACGGGUGCCUUCUCGGAGGUUGUUCUAGCAGAAGAGAAGCGAACAAAUAGGCUUGUUGCCAUCAAGUGUAUCACCAAGAAAGCCCUGGAGGGCAAAGGGAACAACAUCGAGAACGAGAUCGCCGUCCUUCACAAAAUUAAACAUGCAAACAUCGUUUCUCUGGAGGAUAUCUUCGAAAGCAAAUCCCACCUGUACCUCGUCAUGCAACUGGUCUCUGGGGGUGAGCUCUUCGACAGGAUUGUUGAGAAGGGCUUCUACACAGAGAAAGAUGCCAGCAAAUUGAUCCAGCAGAUCCUGGACGCUGUCAAGUACCUGCACGACAUGGGCAUCGUGCACCGGGAUCUGAAGCCAGAGAACCUGUUAUACUACAGCAUGGAUGAAGACUCAAAGAUCAUGAUCAGUGACUUUGGAUUGUCAAAGAUCGAAGGGUCUGGAAGUGUGAUGUCCACAGCCUGUGGGACUCCAGGAUAUGUGGCGCCUGAAGUCUUGGCUCAGAAGCCGUACAGUAAGGCAGUGGAUUGCUGGUCUAUAGGAGUCAUUGCCUAUAUCCUUUUGUGUGGUUAUCCACCAUUUUAUGAUGAGAACGAUGCCAAGCUUUUUGAGCAGAUACUGAAAGCGGAAUACGAGUUUGACUCUCCGUACUGGGACGAUAUCUCAGAUUCAGCCAAAGACUUCAUUGUUCACUUGAUGGAGAAGGACCCAAGAAAGCGGUACACUUGUGACCUGGCACUGCAGCACCCCUGGAUUGCUGGAGACACCGCUCUGGACAAGAACAUCCACGAAUCUGUCAGUGCUCAGAUUAAAAAGAACUUUGCCAAAAGUAAAUGGAAGCAAGCGUUUAAUGCCACGGCUGUCGUGCGUCACAUGAGGCGGCUGCAGCUGGGCACCAGUCAGGAGGGUCCGAGCCAGAACACGCCCAGCAGCCCCAGCCAUGGGGAGCUGCUAGUGCCAGAGGGGGCAGAGGACAACGGGUCACACUGCGAUAGGAAGUGUUCAGAGAAAUCAGAGGAGAGCGCAGAGCAUGACUUGCUGCCAAACUGCACCUUCCGCUGCCAUCAAGCCAGCCAGGUCUGAGCAGAGAAUCUGCACUCCCACAAUCAGCAAACACUGGAGCCCGGAAUCCCAGUCUGGCCAGGAAUAGAGUUAUAUCAGCACCCUCCAGCAGGGGGAGGUGAUGUUAAAAGAAUACAGGGUGGGGAGGGACAAUUUGCCAAUGAUGUAAGAUGAUGGAGGGAACAUUUGUUUAGGUUGGGGUUUGGGGUAUAGGGAUUGUUUGGUGGAAAGGGUAUUGUGGU